AUGUUAUUCUUUUCAUUCUUCAAAACAUUAGUUGGUAAAGAUGUUGUCGUUGAACUUAAAAAUGAUUUGGCCAUCGCUGGUACAUUACAUUCGGUUGAUCAAUAUCUUAAUUUCAAAUUGACUGAUAUAACCGUAUUGGAUAGUCAAAAAUAUCCAUACAUGAUAUCGGUGAAGAAUUGUUUCAUACGUGGAUCAGUAGUACGUUAUGUUCAGCUACCAUCCGAUGAUGUUGAUGUAACAUUGUUACAGGAUGCAACGCGUAAAGAAGCUUCGGCUAAAUGAGAAACAAAACAACAACAAAUGUAAUCGAAACAUUCGUAAACAAUAUUGGCUAUUUAUACUUUUUAUUCAAAUCAAAUUUUUCUUUACUCAUCAUCGUGUUAAAUUCAUGCUCAUUUUUUUUUAA